AUGCCCCACAAUGACGUUUUUGAGCAUGAUGUUCCGGACCAGCCACGUCCAACCUUCGACGGCCAAUCGGCGGAUCAUCCGCGGGACGCAGCGGACAAACGGAACCGCAAAGGAAGUCAACAACAGGGCGUAGCAGGUCUGCUGGUGGAUGCAGCUGCUCCAGCGGAAAUGGCAUCGGCAGAACCGCUGCGGUUGUGGUCUGCUGCACCGGAUGAGAAGGGGCAGCAAAAGAAGAAGAAGAAGCUGCCCAUGGCCAGAGGUCGCCGUCGAUCGCGGCCCCGCUGGGUCAACACACUGACGAUGGUAUGCUGGGUCGUCCCAGUGUUGCUGGCCCUAGUUGAACCCACGACGCCCUCUCCGGCGAUUGUUGCGCCCAACAGUCGCCGACUCCGGCAGCGGUCCUCGCGUGCAGACUGGCGGCGGAGCUCUGGAGCAGAUGACGAUCGGUUGCAUCCUUCCAUUGAGUUCUCGCACUACGCGAAAAUACGGCCACAGUUGCAGCACGGGCGUGAUAAAAGAUUGCUUACGAGUACCCAUGAAGAGAACGGUCUUCAUGCGUCGCAUUUAACCUUAACGUAUAGAUUAGACGAAGCUGAUGUGAUAUUAGAUUUACAGUUAAACGAACAGCUUAUACCGGACGGCCACUUCCUUAGCUAUCAGCUGCCAAACGGUACCGGCAAGCACGUCGUACGAUACAGCCGUCCGCAGGAAGUCGAUCUUUGCCACUACCGGGGCACAAUACGCGGGAAAGCUGACUCGAGUGCCGCGAUUUCGACGUGCGAAGGCAUCCGGGGGAUUAUCAUGGACCGUGACGAGACGUACUACGUUGAAAGCUUACUGACGGUGGCGACAGACGCUGGAACGACGACGGGCACCAAUCGCUCGCGAAUUGACCUUGGCGAACACUUUAUUUAUCGACAUGCAGAUUUACGGCCAACCGGUGUGAAUGGGGGCCAUGAUCGAUGCGGUUACGAUGGUGGACACGUUAACGGCACUCACGAUCCGGAACUGUAUCGACAGCACAUGGCGGAACGUGGCGCAGCAGGCGCGACCAAGCAGCGCUCGCGGCGGGCAGUAUCGUCGGGCGCCAUGCCCAAGAUUCGCGGCCCUUACAACGCCAACCGGCACUCGAGCUACGUCGAGCUGGUCAUCGUGGUCGACAAUAAGAUGUUUAAGUCGAUGCGAGAAAACUUUAAAACGGUGCAAAAGUACUGCAAGGACAUCACGAACAUCAUCAACGCGCUGUAUGAACCGCUCAAUAUCUUUAUCGGCUUGGUCGGGGUAGUCGUGUGGAACGAGGGCGACGAGAUCGAGAUGUCGAAGGACGGCGAGGUGACGCUGAAGAACUUUUUGCACUACCGCAAGAAGACGCUGAUCAAGGAUCACCCGAACGACAAUGCGCAGCUGUUCACGAAGGAGCACUUCGAUGGCGGUGUGGUGGGCAAGGCACUGAAGGGGCCGAUCUGUACAUACGAGUUCUCGGGCGGCGUGGAGAUGUAUCACAGCGAAAUCAUUGGCGUGCAGGCGACGACGGUGGCGCACGAGAUGGGCCACAACUUUGGCAUGGAGCACGACACGGCCGACUGCCAGUGUCCGGAGGAGCGGUGCAUUAUGUCAGCCUCGAGUUCGUCGAUCGCACCGAAGCACUGGAGCCGCUGCAGCAUCGAUCAGCUCAACCUGGCGUUCAACCACGGCAUGAACUACUGUUUGAAGAACAAACCGGAAAGCCUGUUCGAGUCGCCGGUGUGCGGUAACGGGUUCGUCGAGGUCGGCGAACAGUGUGACUGUGGGUUGCCUGAGUUUUGCGACAAUUCGUGCUGCGAACCGGAAACGUGUAUGCUGCACUCGAACGCCUCGUGUGCGACGGGCGAGUGUUGCGAUCUGCGGACGUGCAAACCGAAAAUCGGUGGCACCGUUUGCCGCCCGGCGGACGGGGAGUGCGAUCUGCCAGAGUACUGCUCCGGCGAGUCCGAGUACUGUCCGGGGGAUGUGUUCAAGCGCGACACCGAGAACUGUGACGAUGGGAAGGCGUACUGCUACCGCGGCUCGUGCCGAUCACAGAACGAUCAGUGCCGGCUGCUGUGGGGACCGACGGGUAAAUCGUCCGAUCAGUGCUACAGGAAGAACGAGGAAGGCACUCGGCACGGGAACUGUGGAUACAAUCGGGUGAAGAACGAGUACGUCAAGUGCGACGAGGCGGACAUACGCUGCGGAAUGCUCCACUGUCGGCAUCUGAACGAGCGGCUCGAGUUUGGCAUGGAGUCGGUGGCCAUCCUUUCGCACAGCUUCAUGACGUACAAUGGGAGCGUGAUACCGUGCCGGACGGCGAUCGUCGAUCUUGGGUUGCAGAAAGUGGACCCGGGACUAACGCCGGACGGGGCCAAGUGUGGCGAAGGUAAGAUGUGCCUCAACCAAAUGUGCAUGUCGGUGGAGAAACUGAUGGCGGGAGGCAAUGGAAUGGCAUGCCCGGAGAACUGUAACGGCAAGGGAGUUUGCAACAGCGAGGGUCACUGCCACUGCGAGGAGGGCUUUGCACCGCCCCUGUGCAAUCUUCCCGGGCACGGUGGUUCGAUUGACAGUGGUCCCGCGACGGAUCCAAAUGCAACGGCCGGGUUCCGUCGAGCAAUGUACAUCUUCUUCUGCGGCGUGGUUCCCGUUUGCACCAUCUUCGUGGUCCUCGUGUACUACUUCCGCGAAGGAAACGCGUUCGCCAAGAAACGCAAAUCGCCCACCAACGUCUUGAACAUUCACAUCAAACCGGACAGUUCCCACUCGGCAAGCUCAACACAUACGAUGCUACCUUCGUCGCCGAACUCGCCCGACUCGGACAUGAACUCGGCUCUGCUCCGGCCGUCGGCCACACUGGUCGCGACACCGGUCACUACCGGGUCGGAGUCGGACUGUGUUGCCAAAAUUAUGUAUGGUAAAUUUAACGGAUUCACCCUUCAACCACUUCACCAACACCACGCCCAGGGUAACAAAAGGUCGCCCAAGGUAGCGCUAGUGCAGCCCGUGGCCAAGUGUAGCGAGGACACGACCAGCAACGCUGUCCCAGCCCGUGCCGCACCUCCCGUUCCCAAAUCGCUUAAAUCGCUAGAAGCAGGCGCGCAGCCUUCGACGGAAGAAGGUAGCACUGAUAAUGUAAUGUACGCCAAACCACCUGCAGGUAUUCGGUACGCGCAGCGCAUCAAUGGCUGCAAGUUGGCCAACCACGAGCAUCAGCUAGAUUCCUCGCCUGCCCCAGCCCUUCCACCUAUGAAUCCCGGUUCAACAGCUCGGCCCAUCAUCUCCAGUCCCAUCCUCGAGUCGUCAACGUGCACCUCGCGUGAGCUAGCGUCGUCGACUGGUGGUGGCCAACCAAAACCGUCGGUUGUUCCCAUCCGACCGGCACCGACUCUGCCACCGGUUGGCACGGAGAUCGUUUCCUUGGCACCGUCCGGUGGCGCUUCAUCGUCUAACCCGGCCGAUACUGGAUCCCUACCGGCGGAGGUUCUUAUCAAUCCGGUCAGUAGAGAAAAAAAGACAAAGGAGAGCAAACUGAACCGCAUUACGUCCUACCUGAAGAAGGAAGAGAAACCUAGCAAACCGGAACCGAAGCAGCUGAAGGUGAUCGAUAAAGAGAAGCUGCGCAACAUUGACAUCUCCGCACCGAUCCCAAUCGAUCAGGGUGGGGAACUGGCCCGCAGCAUGCCCAAGCUGGUGACCGAACCGACUGAGACCCCGAACACUGUUGGCGGUGGUGCCAACACGGUGCAAAGAGCGACAAGUAUGCGAGAUCCGACAGCAAAUGGCCCCAGCCCAGCGGGUCGUCGGGUUCGUAUUGUAGACGAUCGAACACCGGACGGUGCCGACCAAACGACGGCCAUAAAGAAACCCACAGUAGCAUUAAAACGACCGCAAAGUAUGGUCGGUACGCGUCCCACGAUUCCGCCUCCCAGGCCACCGGUGCCUACACAGACACUGGUGGGCGCCAUGAAGAUUCCCGGCGUUCCCGGGUAUCAGAAUCCACCGCCACCGAAAGCAGUCAAAAUCGCAAUCCCUCCCAGAGGCGGCAUUGCGCGGUCCGAGUAUGACGAUUGCCGCAACGGGUCUGAGGUGCGGCCUGGCGCCACUGGAACCACCCACGGCUCGGACAAUAUCUACGCAGUGAUCGAUGAGUCGCCGUCGCCACCCAGCAUCCUUUCGCCACCCGCGUCGGCCAUUUCGUCCGGUGGCAGCUCGGAGAGCAUGGGACUGUUGGGGGAAAUAGUGAACGAGAUCGAAAGCCGUCACGGUGACUCGGUGUACAUUGCGUCGACGUUGCGACGCACGGGUGGUGACGGCAGUAGCCGAAAGUCCUCUUCCAUCACCAGUCAGCCGACGGCGAUCGCCACUGGUGGGCCUGCUGGCGAUGAGCUGCCGCACGAUGACGAUGACGAUGAGCCAACGUAUGUCAACACUUCGGAAAUUAUAGACGACGAUGAUGACGAUUUCGACGCAACGGAGGACGAUGAUGAGAGUGCGGACGAUGAUAUUGGUCCGGGAUCGGGACCCGCACCGGCGAAUCGUAGUUCCUUGCUAAGCACCACCUCGAGCGGUUACCUGCGACCAUCGGCCAUCAAUAGUGCACCGAUCGCACGGAUAGCACCGUCAACUGCCGGAAGCAGAGUGAACGAGCAACCGUCCACCAACACCGCUUCGGUCACUGCCAAUAGCUUAAGUAGUUUCAAAUCGUCCCCCACGGCACCGGUUGCUGCCAACGGUGGCGACAAUGUUCUGAAUCACAUCAAAUUCCAAGGUCCCACGGCGAAGGAACCACUGAAGAAAAUGACGGCCUCUGCCACCAUUCAGAGUGCCGCUUCUGCCAGCACGGCGUCCUACAAACCAUACCACAGCGUCCUAUCGAACACGGCCCGCGCAGGGUCAGUAGUGGCCGCUACGAAGGCCAAAAUAGCUUCGGAGAAAUCGAACGCAAGUACUAGCAACCCUCCGGCGGUGAGUAGUGGAGCAGGAAGCAAGAAACCGACCACUCAAACCGUGCGCACCCGGACCCCAUCUCCUCGAGGAGCCAUCGGUAACGGUCAGCUACCGAACGGUACCGUCGCUUCCGGGGUGAAGGCUGUGCAGAAGCCUAAAACUCCUGCCAAACCGGAACCACUGACGACGAAACCGAUGGCGGCGGCCAAAGUAUCCACCGCUAUCACCACUGGAGGCGGGUCCGUUGGUAAUGGGAAACUGCUAUCGGCGACCGCACGGACAGCGCCGGGGAAGGCAUCGAACGUGGCAUCGUUACAGCAAAAAUUUGAACAACGAAAGUAAACCCACGGAGAAACCCGUCGAUAGUUCCCCGACAUCGUUUCCCUACCCAGUGAUUGCGGCACAGGUUUUGUCCACUUUGGCCUUUUAGUUAAAUUAUUUCGCCGGCGUCAUAGUUGGCUCUUUACACGACGACCAUGAGACCAAUUGUUUUCCAGAUAAGAGAUAACUACUUAUUUAAUGUUUUGUGAAUAGAAUUUAUAAGAUCGUUAUUUAAAUGACAGACGAGGUCGAAUUGCGAGAUGGUGCUCUUGUGAUCAGUUGACCCGUUCCUCAUACCUUAGUCCGUCGUAGUCCAAUGAGAAGACGAGCACCAGCGGCCGAUGGGUGCACAACACAGACUUUAAAGUCCAUUUAUUUAGGAUACCUAUGACGAAUUAUGUAAAAGUUGUGUGAAAUGCUAAUAAGCUUAUGAAGAGUGUAACGUGCACGGACUCGUUGGUGUCGAUAAAUGUUUAGUGUGUGCCUCCUUGCUAUGGCAGAAACCAAAGAAGCAGACAGCAAAACAAACAAUCAAUUUCCGGAUCGGCAAAUUCUUUGGUUGGAGGACCCACCAGUGAGCAUGGCUGCGAUCGCCGACACACAUUGCCAGCCGACGGGGCGAUCAUCGCUAAAAUAAAACAAAACUCGGAUUUUCGGUACGGUUGUUGUGAAGAAACCAUGUUGAAGAAAAUAAUAUUCGUCUACCAGACUUGUUGAAGCAAUGUGAUUCCGUUACGUUGGUUUCGGUUCAAAAAUGUUUGAGCUAUUACGUUACGAAAUCGAAAAGCGAGUAAUGUUACAAAGCAGUAAGCUCGCAUCGUAAGCCAGAAGCAUGUACAUAACUGCACAAUGCCAACCGAUGGCGGUCCAACAGUCGGUCGGUGGAUCGGCCUUGUAAUAACACAAAACGCAUUUUCCCUCCCCGUUUCAUUGCUUCUUGUUUUGAAUCUCACUUUUUUUUUCGAAAAAAAAACAAAACUCGUAUAUCCUUAUGAUAGUAGAAAAAACGUUGUAAAGGUACUC